UGGGGCGGCGCCUUCCUUCUUGUGCCGAAGAGGAGCGAGGAAGGGAAGCAGGGCAGGGGCCAGGCCAAGGGAGCCCGGCUGGCUGGCUGGCGUGUGUCUGUCUGCCUGUCCGCCGGGGGCCAUGGAGGACCUGGGCUCCAGCCUCAACGCCGACGCCGAGGUCCGGAAGCUGCAGGAGCUGGUCAAGAAGCUGGAGAAGCAGAACGAGCAGCUACGCAUUCGCAGCAACGCCAACGCCGCCGGAGGACCCGGGGCAGGAGGCAGCCCCAAGAGGAGCCUCGCGCCCGGAGCAGCAGGGGGGUCCCCGGGAGCCUGCUCUCCGCCGCCGCCGCUGCCGCUGCUGCUGACGCCACCCUCGGCCUCCUCUUCCUCCUCCUCCUCCUCCUCCUCGCCCUCCCUGAGGAGCGGCAGCCCCUCGCUCUCGGGGCUGGACAGCCGCUGCCUCAGCCCCAAGGCCGGGCCCCGGAGGCCUCUCCCCGCCGACGACAACGGAGCAGCAGCAGCAGGAGGAGGAGGGCGCCUGGCGACGGGGGGCUCCGGGGAGAACGGCAGCCUCCUGGACGAAGUGGAGCCCCUCAGGCCCGAGGAGCUGGAGAGGCUGGCCGGCUGCCAGGAGGACGAGACCGGAUGGCUGUAUACAUCACCAAAGAAGAAAGCUACUCCAGUGCAAAAAUCCAUUAGUCCAUUAGUUUGGUGCAGACAAAUACUGGAUUACCCAACGCCAGAUAUUGAAUGUGCCAAAAAGUCAUUGAUUCACAGGCUUGAACAGACAAUGUCAGCCCUCAAGAGACAUAGCCUCUAUAACAAUCCAUUCAGCACGGUCAAUUAUGCAAACUCCUGUAGUUCAAAUGCAGGCAGCCCCUACAACAGUAGCUUCAACUCUCCUUCUUCCACACCAGUGAAGCCUCCUUUAGUAAAACAGCUCAUACUUCCUGGCAACUCAGGUCAUUUCAAAAGUUCAGCAGAUAGAAAUCCUCCACUAAGUCCACAGUCUUCAAUUGAUAGUGAAUUAAGUGCUUCAGAAAUGGACGAAGAUUCAAUUGGAUCAAAUUACAAACUGAAUGACUUAACAGAUGUUCAAAUUUUAGCUCGAAUGCAAGAGGAAAGUCUCCGGCAGGAAUAUGCCGCUACUGCUUCCCGACGUAGCUCUGGUUCUUCAUGCAGUUCUAUGAGACGAGGUACAUUUAGUGACCAGGAACUUGAUGCACAGAGCUUAGAGGAUGAAGAUGACAGCUGUCAUCAUGCAGUGCACCCAGCUGUUAACCGGUUCUCUCCAUCCCCACGCAAUUCACCAAGGCCUUCACCAAAGCAGUCUCCACGGAAUUCUCCUAGAUCUCGAUCUCCUGCCAGAGGAAUAGAGUACAGUAGAGUAUCACCCCAGCCUAUGAUUAGCCGUUUACAGCAGCCUCGUCUUUCACUUCAGGGCCAUCCCACUGAUUUACAGACGAGCAGUGUCAAAAAUGAAGAAAAACUAAGACGUAGUCUUCCAAACCUGUCCAGGACAUCUAACAUCCAAGUUGAGUCUGUGAAAAACAGUAGAAGUGACUCAAACUUUCAAGUGCCAAAUGGAGGAAUACCUCGUAUUCAACCUCAGCCUUCAUCCACUCUGCAAAGGCAGAAAAAAUUGCCUCGUGUUGCCUUCAAAGCCAAACAGCUACUUCCUUCUCCAGCUACCAAAGGAGUUCCCUCUCCCAGUAAAUUUCGUUCCCCAGCAGCACCAUCUCCUCUGGCUCUGAGGCAGCCUGUAAAAGCAUUUAGUAACCAUGGACCUAGCUCUGCUGUUCCAGAAGUCAUCCAGCUUCCACAUAGCAACUCUUCACCAGUGCAGUUAGCAGCUCCCAAUUCAGCCUCUCCAAGUCCAGCCAGCAACAUCAACAGUGCUACACUUACAAGACCUGCAGGGACAACAGGGAUGAGGAGUGGCUUGCCAAGACCUAGUGCCCCCUCCACUGGGAGCAUACCAGUGCCUCGUAGCAAACUUGCACAGCCUGUUCGCAGAACAUUGCCAGCUCCCAAAACCUAUAACAACGUGAAAGAUGAGAGUUGGAAGGACGGCUGCUACUAAACUACAAAGUUGCAUUACUCAGCAGGUACUCCUUCACCAGGCUAAAUGACAGAUCAAUAUGCAGACUGAUCAGAUAAGACUUUGGGGGGUUUAUAAAUCCCCAGAUCUCUCUGUCCUUAAUUAGCACAAACUGGCAGAGAUUAUAAAACAGCACUUUAAUGACAUUAACAUCAGAUACUUGGUGAUCACACAAAUCACUUUUACAUGAAUCACUUUUCACCUCUGGAGCUCCCCCCUUGCUUCCUAAAUUGUUAUAAAAAUUAUUAUAAAUGCUCACAUGAUUACAAUAACCAACAUCUGAGCAAAUACCUAAAAAUGCCAAAGAAAUAUCCAUUUUGAAAAAGCAGCAUGUAAAAUAGUAAGCAGUUUUUGUGAAACAUCGCACAUUACUUGAUUUGAUUUAAAGUAAAAUGUGAACAAUUUGGAAAUCUAAUAUAUAAAGAUUUAACUUAUUAAUCAAAGUAAAAAAAUGGAUUGCAAAGUACUAAUGUACUUUUGAGAUUGUUGAAAACAAUUGUGGAAGAUUUGAACUGAGAAACAGUUGAGAUAAAAUGGAACAGUUGUUUCUGAAGUCUCACUAAAAGUGGUAGGGAAGCCACAACAUUAUUUUUUUUUAAAAAACAGUCUGGAUUUAAUAGGCUUCCCAUAUUUGAGUGGGAAUGGCUUCAUCCUUUUAUGUUGACUUGACAUAUCUGAUUUUAUGUUAUGUUGUUUUGAUUGCCAAAAGGGCUUUGUAUCAGUUGUACAAUCUUUCUAAACCCAGCAGUUCCUGGCUCAGGAAGAGAUGGCCUUUGCUAUCGCAGCCACAUUUUUAACACAAUACACUUUUUUGAGAAGUCCUUUUUAGAGCUAGUUUCCUUGAAGAAGAAAAAAGGAAGUAGUGUCCAUUAAGAAAUUACACCACAGUGCUUAUAGCCUGGAACUCAAGUGAGCAUGCCUCUAGAUAACAUGAAAACAACUAUGCACUUGUAACCUAGACAUUCUAAGGAGAUGAGUUGUACUGUUGAUACCAAAUGAUAUAUUCAUGUGGGUAAUUGUUUCAUGGUAUGACGGAAUCUUUAUCCUUUUUUCAAAAGACGAACAAAACAAACCCAAUUGAUUUCAUAAAAUUUAUUUUUACUUGUAAAUACUUCUGCUGAAGUUAUUGCCCAUGUUAAUGUUUUAACGAUGUACUUUGCCUUACACCUGUAUUUUUACAUUGUUGGUAAAAGUUUUCUUUUAAAAAACAAAAACAAAAUCCUGCCACAUAUGUUUACAAGGUAUUGAGUUCCUCUAGUGGCUGUAUACUAAUCAAUACUUAAUAAUGUUUUUGCCUUUUCUUGUUGGCAGGAUACUCUACCCAGUAGAAAAACUGUUACUAUUGAAACCUCAAGCCCCUUCCCCUUCCACAUUUUAAAGUUGUUUUGGAAGACUGAAAAUAUGUUAUGUGAAGGUAACAGAAAGGGAGGCCCAUCAAUCACAAGAGAUAUGCCUUUUGUUAUAUGGGAUGAUUGGACAGUCUCUCAUUAUGACAUUUGGCUGUCAGUAUGUAGCACUUGCAAAAUGCUUAAUAUAACAAGAAGCUAGUCAGGAUAUGACUGAAGAAUCCACCAGGCUCUGUUGGAGUACAGGGUAGAUUGCCUUUUAACUUCAUUCGUGCCUGCCUCUGAAAAUGUGCUUUGGAACCUUUCAACAAAGGGUAACUGAUUUUGGAAUUUCACUCCUCAAAUUCUUAGCUAGUCUUCAUAGAUUAGUGGAUUAAAAGCCAUGCAACUUUUACUUGAAUUGGAAAAGUGAACAAGACACGAUAGGACCAGAUAACGAUAGCAGAAAUCUCACCACCUAUGUAUGGGUAACCUUUUACUGAUUAAAGCAGGGCCUUUCCUAUUACCAUGUUUCUCACGCACAGGUUAACUGCCAAGACAGACAUGCAGAUGCUAUGUCCUUUUUCUGAUUCUCAGCUUAACUAGAUUUUAAAAGUAGAUAUAAAUACACUUCUGCUUCAUAGUGGAAUGAUUUUUGCUGCAUGAAUCACUAGCAAAGUAUGGGAAGCAGUGCCCCUUUUGAUUGUAUACAGCGUUAGUUAUAUUUCGCCAGUCCUCACAUCCAGUUAGGUCAAAAAUUAUAUGGCGUGUCUUCCAAAAUUAACUUAACCUACCUAUAGGGAAACAGAGGUCAGGAUUAACAGCUGUGUUUUGUAGAGCACAAACCAUGAGGUUUCCAAAUGUUUUGAGAUGAAUCUACCUGUUUCACUUUCAAAACUUAGAUCUAACAAAGUUAAUACUGCAGUCUUCAGAAGUAAAGGUAUUCUUAUUUGUGCUUUUAUUGGGGAAAUACUUCACUGGUUUUCUUUCAUUCAGAAAUUACAGAUGUUGUCUUUUUAACCAAGUUGUAUUACCAUAUUUUAUAAACUACUGUUUUUAUAAAACUCAGCUGUUUAAUCAUUUUGAAGAUGUAUUAAGUUAGGGAAACAUCCUGCUGCUACAUCAGAAUAAACAUCCAUCAAAUACAAAUUUGUCAAAGAAGAAAAACUGCCAGUUUACUAGGGGAGGCUCUGUGCAUUACCAGUUUGAUUACAAGGACAUCCUAGGACUUUUCUGUGUUUAGAGGUUUGGAUAUAUUGGGGAAAGUGUGAAAACGAAUUUGAUAAACUAGUGCCUAUGAUUUACUUAAUUUAUGUUUGAUAAUAGUUGUAAGGGUUUUAUGAAUGUGGAUUAUUUUUUGUGCCAACAGCUCAGAAUUGUUGUAUGUAUGUAGGCAGAAAAGAAAGGAAUUCUGCUUCCAAAGUUAUUUAAUUUUUCCUCAGUGUUUGAAUGUUUUUUGUAAGUGUUAAUAAAAAAAAGUGUAAAAAAAAAGGAAAGAUAUAAAUAUUCUUACCGCAACAUUCUUUGACUCCUUUUUUAAAAAAAUAAAACUAAAUAUUAUGUAAAAUGGAA